AACUACGGAGUACAAUUUUAGGUGUAAGUGUAGCAUGGCCCAGAAAAGUUUCCCAAAAAAUAAUCAAAGCAGUAAAAUAAAAUAUUGGACCCACGGGCUAAGGGAUAGUGGUUAAAUGGGGGAAAGGAUAAGUUUAGAAGGAAGAGCAAAACCUAAUCUAAAAAAUAAAAAAUAAAAAACCCAGUGUAGAAGAGAGAUGGGGGUUACGAAAGAGGAGGUUGAAGAUUUGCUGGUUAGAGAGCUUCGUCCCGCACAUCUGGAAGUUAUUGACAAAUCUGGAGGAUGUGGUGCAUGCUUCCAGAUUGAGAUUGUUUCACAACAGUUUGAAGGCAAAAGAUUGCUGGAAAGGCACAGGAUGGUUAAUGCUGCACUCGGGGAAAAAAUGAAAGAAAUCCAUGCUCUCUCCAUAACGAAAGCUUUGACUCCAGAAAAGUGGCAACAACAACAAGAUGAAGCUGAGAAGUAGCCUGAAGCGGCCACUUAAAUCCGGCUCGAAGAAAAUCCAGGCAGUUUCUCUUUUAAUGUUGUUAUUGUUUCAAUUUCUAAAUUCCUGAUGUGGUUUAUAUUGCAUAAAAGAGGUCAUAAUAAUUGAAUAUUUAAUUGUGCACUUAAAUAGGUCUAUUAUUUUUGGGUGCAUUUUACAUGGAUUCGGGACCCAUUUGGUGAGUGUUGACAAUAUGGGUUAUGAAGGCCACCCUCUCUCACUAACCAUUACCUCCUUCCCAAUUUAAAUCGUUUGUUUCGGUUUAUUAUGUUUGACCGAAAUUAUGUUUAAAUCAUUUUAUAUGAAAAUAGUGUAGACUUAAAAAAUAAAAAUGGAGUGAGUAU